CUCUGGGAGGAGAUCGUCAAGGUUCACCCAAGGCUUGCUGUCAUCCGGGAUCAAGUGGUUUUUGCUGUUCGGCAGGAGUACGUGCUUCUUGGAGAUCAGCUCCUGGUCCUGCAGCCCGGAGACGAGGUUGCUGUCAUCCCACCAAUUAGUGGAGGCUGA